AUGGCAUCUAAAAACUAUCAACCAGUGAAAAGAAGUAGUCACUCCACAGUAAAGGUAGGAGACUACCUAUAUAUGUGGGGUGGGUACCUGUCUGGCGUAAAUAAUAGUGAUCUUGAUAAAUCAAUGACAUCAUCAAUGGACCUGUAUCACUUACCAACUGGUUCAUGGGAGGGUAGACCAACAAAUGGCAACCCUCCACUACGUGCCAGUGGAUGUUCUUCUGCUGCUAUUGGAAACAACAUCUAUUUUUUUGGUGGUGAUAGAGGUGGUGUCUAUCGCAAUAGUGUGCAUUCCUUCAAUGUGGAUUCAUUCAAGUGGAGGGAACUCUCUCCUUCUAGUUCUGAUCAUAGUCCAAUGAUGAAGGCCCGCUGUGGAAUGAUAUCAGCUCAUUUUGACGGUGAAGACUAUCUGGUAAUUAUUGGAGGACUGGGAUCAUCUUCUAUCAAUCCUCCAAAGCAACCUGAUGCUCAGUAUUCAGCUGAUGGUAGAUCAUGA